CAUCAAGUAAUACUUUUAUUUAUAAUAAUUAAGUAAUAUUUAGUCUAUUAGAUAAAGAAUGUGCUUUAUUAUUUUGAGAUAAUGAGAAAUUCAUCGAACUUAACUGGGAAUUAUCUAAUGAUGUGGAUUUUGUAUCCUCUCUAUACUUUUAAAGACUCUACCAUACAAGAUAUUUAAUAUUGAUUUAGUAGGGUCUUUCUCUUAUUAAAAAAAAUCAUGUGUUAGCUAUCAAAACGAGGAUAAUGUUUUAUAUUGCGCAUCUUCUCUCUACUAUACCAAAUAGUAAAAGUAGGGCUUACUUCUUUAUAAAAGCUCACCAAUUGCGAGCUUCUUUUCUCUAACGAAUUCAGUCAUAGAACUGCAUGUAUAUCAUAUUAUUACUGUUAAACAAACUUUCAAAUCCAUAAUAUAGUGCUCUCAAAAAAAAAAAAAAAAAAGCAGAAGCUUCAAAAAUGGUGUCAUGGAAGAGCAUAACAUUUUUGGCUCUCUCUCUCAUCAUUCAUGUUCCAUUUGCUUCUUGCUCGUCUCUCAAAGAGGCAGUCCCCGCUUUCAGUCACAUUAAAGAUAAAAAUCACAGUGCUGAUCAACUAAGCUCCAAGAUGACAUAUGAAGUAAGACUUCACGGGCUUCUGUUAUGGGCAUCCAUGGGAUUCCUUAUGCCCAUAGGGAUACUAAUAAUCAGAUUAUCCAGCAGAGAGGAAUGUGGAACUAGACUCAAACUUUAUUUUUACCUCCAUCUCUUUCUACAGAUGCUAUCAUUGUCCAUUGCCACUGCUGGGGCAAUUAAGUCGAUCAAAACUUUCGAGAAUUCUUUCAGUAACAACCAUCAAAAAAUUGGUCUAGCACUUUAUGGCGCAAUUUGGGUACAGGCCGUGAUUGGAUUUUGUAGACCACAUAGAGGAACUUCAAAAAGGAGUUUAUGGUACUUCCUUCAUUGGGUGUUUGGCACUAUUAUUUGCAUCGUCGGAAUACUAAACAUCUACACCGGCAUAGAGGCGUACAAAAAGAGGACUAAAAGAAGUACGACACUUUGGACGAUUCUAUUCACAGUUGAAAUUUCUUCCAUAGCAUUUUUAUAUCUUUUCCAAGACAAACGAGAUUACUUGCAAAAGCAAGGUGUUUAUAUAAGAGAAGGUGGACAAGUAAGGCCUUCGAAUGAUCAAGAGAGCUCUUUAAGAGACAACCAAAAAGAUUUAUGGAAGGAGCCAUGUCCAAAAGUUAAUGCAUUAAAAAAUUUGUUCAACUGAUUAACAUUGAACAUUUUCUUUAUUUUGCUCUAUUUUUUUAGUUUCUCUCUUUAUUUGGCAAUGCUAACUCUAUACCAAGUGGAUGCUUCUAACGCUUUCGGAAGAUUGUAUUUUCAAAACCUAACGAAUUUUAGAUAUUACACAUCAUUAAAUUGAUUUUAAUGAAGUGUGUAGCCAUAUUAGGAAUACAUAUUGUAUGUGGUAAUUCUAAAUAUUCUUGUCUUUGAAUUUUUGUUACUAUCAUUUUUAGAUGCUAAAUAAACAUUUAUUAUGGUACAUUGUAUUAGGCCUUAAAAGGUUUAAUAUUUAUUUUAAUAUAAAGACCCAAUCAUAUUGUGAAGUCCAUGAAAGAAAGUCAACAAAAGUCAAUGAUUAACUAAGGUCUUCUGGAGAUGAAAGGCAACCCAAGACAAGGGUAUGAGCAGUUAACAGGAUGAUCAUAGAACAAGCUACGUAAGCAGGAACGUGUGUACUUCAGCGCCAGAAAGCAGUUAUGAUUUGAAGCAAAGAUGAUUCAAAUCAUUUUUCUCCAAAGAUAUAUGGAAGUUACGUAGCAUAUUGGUGUAUAAAUACAAGGGAGAUGAUCAAGCCAACGACAAUAAAGACAACACACAACAACUUGCAAAUUACUUUCUAGCGUAGCCUAGCCUAGCCUAGCCAACCCCCUUAUGGGGUUAUAGUUUAGUUUGUAGACUUGAAGCAUGUACUAGUGACGAGUUUGUUCAUUCUCUAGUUAAAGCAGGAACUCAUGGAGGGAAUAAUCUUUGUGUUUUCCCUUUAUUUAUCCAACCUGGAUUAUCCUCAUAUGUGUUGUAAAACUUAUUCUAAAAGUUUGUGAUGUGAAUGAGAAUAUAUGGCUCUAAUUAAUAGAUUAAUUAUUA